CUAACGGUGAGUUAUGAAAAAACCCAGCUGGAUUUAAACGGUAAGCUAAUGCUGGCGUUAUCACUUAUCAUAUUAUCUAGUGUACGGUUUAUGGUCCUGUGCUACUUUCGUCAUAUGCAUUUAUAUAUAAUAAAAAUUUAUUUUAUUAAUUAAUAUUUUUUACAGACUUUAUAAAAUCUAGAAUUGAAAUCCACCCAAUAUCGGAUUUACUUCUUAACUUUUAAUUCAUAUUGGAGACAUAGGGGUAUACUAUUGCAUCAUAUCCAAAAUAUCGAUUAUUUCAUAACGCCCAUGCGCGUGAUGCCUGGGUAGUUGCUGAGCCAAUAAGCAGUAAGCAGAAGUAACCAGGAAGAACCGGGAGUCAAUAUCACUGCUCCUCAACCGAAUGUUUUCAAAGUGUAACAAGUUACUCCCUAAUCCUUUGAGAAGACUGGCUUUCUCUUUUACUUGAAGACUAUUUUUUGUAUUUUAAAACAUUUAUACUGAUAAUUUGGAACUUACAAUUUUCCUCAGACGUAGUGUCCUUCAAUCCGGAAUUCAGCCAAGAUUUUGAACGUCUGAUAUAUUUCCAAAAUGAGUUCUCAAGACACUAAACCUUACCUCACAGGGUUCCCAUCCAUGGACAAUCCUAAUGGUUGCACAAGAAAAACAGAAAAAGAAGCUUUCAGUUUUGACAAUGACAAGAGGAAAGAACACUCUCAAUUGAUAGACAAACAAAUCAACGCGGAAGCCACCUCUUGUCUUCUUCCAGUCAAUUCGCCAUGUAUUACUCCAACCCCUUGUGUAAUCUAGUGAAAAGCGGGAAAAGUAUGGAUAGCACGGAAGCCUUGAGGGCUCGUUUCGUUCCUCCGGACGGAGGAUAUGGUUGGUUUGUUGCUUUCGGAGCGUUUUUAGUUCAGUUUUGGAUCGCUGGACUGAUCAAAUCGUAUGGAGUGAUUUUCAUGGAAGUCAUGCAGCUUUAUCCUGAUGCAAGCGCUUCUCUCGCCUCUUGGAUUCCAGCGAUUUUGUCCACUCUUUGCUUGAUUUUGUCACCUUUGUGCAGUGCUCUCUGUCGACAAUUUUCUUGUCGUUGGGUGGUAUUUACAGGUGGAAUUCUGUGUUGGCUGGGGGUUAGUCUGAGUUACUUUACUACCAGCCUCGUACAAUUGUGUUUUACAUUUGGCGUUUUGACAGGACUUGGGGCAGGAAUGGCCACAACUCCAGGCAUUAUUAUGACGUCAAGGUACUUCACCAAGCACCGAGCAUUAGCAAAUGGCAUGUGUGUUUCGGGUACAGCAGUUGGAAGCAUGCUUCUCCCACCCUUACUAGAAGUUCUAAUUCCAACGUACGGAUUUCGAGGAGCAAUUCUUAUUCUAGGAGCCUGCAUGCUCCAUAUUUGUUUGAGUGCUGCCCUUUAUCGUCCAGUUGAAGUUCACCAGGCCAUAGUCGAAAAUGUGACGUCAAUCAAUAUUUCGGCCGACUGUACUGUUCCUAAUGGCGUCGAAUGUGGCUACGUCCAUCAUGUUCCUGACGGCCGAUUAGCGACAAUCCCCGAAGAUGAUAUUUCGCUCGUUCGUGGCAGUCGUGAUAAAAUUCCCACAACCGAUCUCUCUCACAGACUAAGCAUGAUUCACAGUGUUGAAGAUCUAAGCACAAAUUCAACCGUCAUUUACACAGAAAACAUCUUAAAUUCAAAAUCAAAUAAUGUUAUUGAAGGAAGCCUUACCGAAAAAUCCGUUCAAACUGAACCAACAGUCGGUUGUUCGGAAAAGAAGAAUCGGCGUUUCAAAUUCUGCCGCUCUCUGAUUGACUUUAUCGAUUUUUCUUUAAUCAAAAAUCCCUUGUUCUUGUUAAUGGCUUUUUCCGUAAUGUUUAUGGCGGCAGGGUGCCCAAAUGCUGUAUAUUAUUUACCUUCUUUCGCCAAUUCGCGUGGCUUAGAUAAAAGCGAGUGUAGUUUGCUUUUAUCAAUCAGUGCAGUGUUCGACCUCUGUGGGAGAUUAGGACUUGGUUAUAUUGCUGACCUCAACCUUUUCUCCAAAACUAAAGCUUACAGCGUCAGUAUGCUGACAGCGGCUGUUGCAAUUCUUUGCUUGCCUUUUGCGACAACAUUUUCUGAAUUUGCUGUCAUUGGCGCCUUCUAUGGAAUCGGCUUGGGAAGUUGGCUAUUGCUUAUUCCCGUUUUGCUGAGUAAACACCACGGAACAGAGGCGAUUGGGUCAUCCUACGGAUUGAUUCGUCUUUUUCAAGGAGUUGUCGCCUUGAUCGUACCGCCACUUGUAGGUUUUUCGAAAGAUGCAACUGGCGACUAUAUUGUAGGCUUCUGUUUUAUGGGAACAUCAAUGGUGAUAGGCUCUAUGCUUAUUAAUUUUAAACCCUGUGUCCUACGUUUGUCUCGAGAAAACACGAGCGUUUAACACAAUAGAUAGGUCUAGAGUUAAAGCAUGAAAAAAUCAUGCCUUGUUAUAUUUUCAUUAUUCAGUUUCUAACUAACCGGUGAUGCUUGUUUGUGUUGUAAUGGUGUUAAGAGAGAUCAAUUAUAAAACUAUCGAAGUCGAUUACACGAAAACUAUGAUUGUA